UCCAGAUAAGGCUUUCAUCUCACUCUGAAAAUAUUGGGAGUCAAAAAUAUAGGCCUGCCUGGAAGCUGCAAAGUGGUGGUUUGCCAUAAGCCGAGGGAGUGGACGGAUUUACAAAAAGAGCAACCUGAUCUGAACCAACAAGGCAUUUUCAAAGGAUGCGGAUAACGGAGUGAGAAGAGAGGAGGAGGACUUGAUUUAUUUUUUGGAAACAUUUAAAAAAGUGAACCAAGGGGCUUAACAACUAGGCAAGUUCCAGAGACAAGAAUUUGCUCAAAUUUAAGCUGCAGCAAUGGCAUCCAUGGCCCUGGAGUUGAUGGGGUUCUUUUUAGGUUUACUGGGAACACUGGGAACUAUGGUGGCCACAGUUCUUCCGUACUGGCAGAUCUCAGCUUACAUCGGGUCCAACAUUGUGACUGCAGUGGCUAACAUGCGUGGCCUUUGGAUGGAGUGCGUCUACCAGAGCACUGGAGCCUUUCAGUGUGACACGUACAACUCCAUGCUGGCUUUACCUGCUGACCUGCAAGCAUCACGAGCGCUAAUGGUCAUUUCUCUAGUGCUUUCUAUUUUCGCUGUUGCUAUAUCCUCGGUGGGAAUGCAGUGUACGGUUUGUUUGGAUGGAGCUGGCACAGUAAAAAGUCGUGUGGCAGGAACUGGAGGUGGACUGUUCCUAGCAUCAGGAUUUUUAGCACUUAUUCCAGUAGCGUGGACAACUCAUGAAGUUGUCCAAACAUUUUACCAACCCAGUGUACCGCAAAGUAUGAAAUUUGAGAUUGGAGAAUGCCUUUACGUUGGAUUAGCUUCAGCACUAGUUACAAUGCUAGGUGGCGCUUUGCUGUCUGCGUCUUGCUGUGAAGAUCAAAAUGGAAGAGGAAGAAGGAACGGCCCAGGCUAUCCCUAUCCUGUGGGGGGCGCUAUGACGGGAACAGGAACCAGAAUGACUUCUCAAACUUACAGAAAUCCUGCUUCGCAACAAGGAGGGCCAAACCCAAGCAGAGGGCAGACGUUGCAGGCAUUGGUGAGAAGCGCAAGUGAAAGUUCUCAAUCAACCAAUCACAACACGCAUCGAAGCAAGAAAAACACAGGUUAUGACAUCACAGGAUAUGUUUAAGCCAUGGAGAGCCAACAAGAUGGAGGUCCACAAGAUCUGAAAUGGUGAUGUCAAACUUUAGAUUAAAAUAAAGGUGUUC